GUUUCCGGUGAGAAGAAGGAAGUGUUGGUCUGCUGGAGACCCACCUCAUCAUGAGAUUAUGACACAGUAAAGGAUAUAUCGACAUUGAGACAUGGGGAACUGUCUAGGGAGAUGCUUCGGCAUUUCCAGCAAAAAGCGGAAGUUUCUGAGAACAAGAUACAGCGUGGAGCGGGAUAUUUCUGUGGAGUUUGAAAACCUCAUGGACGAUGAUAGCCAUGUCGAUGAGAUGAGCAGAUUGGUGACAGAGAGGGAAAAACAACUAGUAGCAUCAAAACAGUACACCGAACUCGUGCAUGAACAAAAAGAACUUGAUCGUAAAAUUGAUAAAAAGUUGGCGCAACAAGAAGAAGAGCUCCGUAUGGAAGAAGAAAAAUUCUAUGAAGCUAAGAGGGAAGCAGCUCGAACAGCCAAAUUACAAAGGGCCAAAGAGGCGGCAGCGCGGGAUAAAAAUGCCAACCGGAAGUCGAAGUCCUGGCUGGGAGAUGACGAAGGGGAAUGGGAAGUGGCUGGUGGGGAAGAUGAUUUUGAAAUGUUUUUAGCAAGCGUUAAGGCCAGAUCAUAUAAAGCAACAGCGCAUUUACGACAAGGGUCAGCCGACGGCCAAAGCUCUAAUAGUUCAGGGACAACUCAGACGAGGGACCGUUCUCAUACGGAAGGUUCGUCUCUCGACCUCGAGUGGGAACACGAGGAAGGUGUUGUACCUCAAAAGAAAACCAGAUCAUCAACAGAAGAAAAUUUAGUGACAGCUGUUGUUCAUAAAAGCAGAGACAGUCCUGUGAAUUCAACAGAUCUGGAGUGGGACAAUGAUUUUGUUACGGCAGAAUGCGUAGAGGAUACAGAGCAUUUGUUGGCAGCAGAGAGGAAAAUCCAAGAGUUUUCAUCACGGUGACGUGAAGCCUGUUCCGAAAAAAAGCGUUCUGUGAAUAAACGUGCUGUUUUGGUGACCAUGGGUUAGGAAAUGAGGGGUUGUCAAUUUAGGCUUGUCACUUAAAGCCUGCCAUGCCUAGCCGUGUUUUUAUGAAAAAAAUCCUCACUUACAAAAGAAUGUUUUAAUGUUUUUGAGGAAAGCAGACAUGUGAUGCUACAAAGUUUCCUUAUUAUUAACCAUGUUUAUAUCAAUACUCAUCGACAAAGUUUAGAAAUAGAAGUUUAAAAUAAAGCAAUGUAAGUCAUUAUGACUUGCGAAAAAUAAAGGAUUACAUUAUAAUACGGGAAUCGUGCAUUUGAUAUUGAAUACUGUAUAACGAAGUGCAUGGUGUCAGGUUGUUAGCUAUGCAGAAUUCAUUGUCGAGUUUUAAAUGAGUUAUGUCUCAGUUGAAAAAUACGUUGCUUUUAUUACAAGGGCAGGGAUUCAGUGUCCAUUGUGAUACACAUUUAUCUGGACACCAAUAUCUAGGGGCUCGUUGUUCAGUUGAUUUGAUUGUAUUUAACAUAUUUGAAUCAACGUCAAAUUUCAUAAGAUACUGCAUAUUUCAUAGAAUACUGAAACUAGAGCUCGAUCUGGCAUCGACCUAUUAUCAUUUUUAUAUCAUAAAAGAGGACAAAACCUACUAUGAAUGUGAAUCGAUAGGACAAUCGGCUAAGGUUGAUUUACUUUGUUACCGCAAUGUUCCUGCACGUUUCGAUGACUGAAAGUGAGUGUGUGUCCGUUCAAAGCCCAUGUUAUUGUGUAAACACUCCUAUUUGUUCUGUUUAAAUGUUUUUUUUAUCUAGAUAUUUUUUUUUCUUAAUUAUUUUAAAUUGUUCCGAAUAUAUCUUCCAAUAGUGCUAAUAGACGAAAUUGCUUUUUGAAUAUAUUUAAACAUGUAACUUGAUACAAUUAAUACAAAUGAUGUUCGUUACAAUGUUACGUCAUUCGCCAAAGAUAUUUCCUGUAUCUCUCUAAUGGUGUUUGGAGCUUAUAUUUAUGAUUCCUCACUGCUGUAGAAAUGUUACUGCUUUAAAUCGAGUAGUAGUUUAUUGAUUUAAUAAGCUGAUUGUAAGUAUGUAUUUAAUGUUGAUAAAAGUACACAUGGAUGUUAAGGAUUUUUAGGUCACUUGAGACGAAGAUUCAGUUGAUUUAUUGCAAUCGCCUUUUGUCCAGCAUAAACAAUUUACAUUUUAAACUUCUUCCUAAUAACCAACAUACCUAGGGACCUUAUUUUGAGUCUGUAUCGUGAUAGGAUACGUGCUACCAAGUUUGUUCAAAUUGAUGACAUUAACCUUCAUUCAAGGUCACAAGGGUCAAAUAAGCUAAAACUUUCAAACAACGUUUUCUUGAUACAAAGAUGCCUAGAUACCUGAUAUUCGGUAUUUAGCAUACUCGGUUAAACGGCUACCAGGUUUGUUCAAAUGGAUUACCUUGUUCUUCAUUCAAGGUCAUAGGGGCAAAUAUGCUAAAAUAUUUUAACAACUUCUUUUUGAUAACCAAGCGGA